AUGCAAUUCAAGGGGGAUGGGGAACAGCGCAUGGUAGAGAUCAUCAAAUGUGUCAUGCAAUACAACGAUGGUGCCAUAUUUGAAUGGGGGAAGAAGGAGAAGACGCUGAAGGAGGCUCAGGAGGCGCUCAACGGGCAUCCUGUGUUUGCAGGGCAGCUGAAGUUGAACACCUUGAAGGACAAAUGGCGCAAGAUUGAGAAACAAGCUGAGGAAAUCGCUAACGGAGGUGAGGAAAAAUGGGUGAAGCUGUGGCAGAAUGGUGGCGGGGAACUUUCAGAGAUGCACCAGCUCAUGCUCGAUCUGGCCGGCCGGAUGAAGGCUAUGAAAGACCGGAAGGAGAGGGAGAAGAGGGAUGCUCAGGAUGAGGAGAAUGACGCCAGGGAGAGGUUACAGGGUGCUAUGGAGACCACCGCUAAACGUUGUGGUUAUAACAUCGCAGCACAGACUGAGCAGUGCUUAACUCCCUCCCCCGAGCCUGUAGAUCCGAGUUCCGAGGAGGAUAAUUCUGUUCAGAAAACGCGCAAGAAGAAUGAACAGGGAGGCAGUUAUGGGCGUGGCACCUCAUGCGGUCUACAGAAGCGCGCCAAGCAGGAUCCAGCUCUGUAUCCCAACGGGAAAGGGCCCAACCGCAAAAGCGGCAGCCCGUCCUCCGACCAUGUUGCGGGCGUUCUCAGUCAGCAAGACCGCCUGUGCGAUCUACUGGAGUCCUCUCAGGCAAACGACAGAGCCGUUAUGGAGCAGUUUGGGAAGGCACAGGUCCUCAAGGCCGAGGCAGAUAUCAUCAAGGCCCAGGCAGAACGAAUUAAGGCGGAAGCUACUCGCUCGCAGCGGGCGGCCGAUGCGAUGAACGCGUUUCUGGCUUUGCAUGACAGGGGUGUGAACAUCCCAGAUUAUCUGGUGAAGAUGCUGAAAGGGAACGACUAA